AAACUGGUAUAGAAUACGCGCGCAGCCAAGUCUGUGAGAGUGUACUCUACCCUGCUCUAACUGCUGACCUAGUUAACUCAUUAAUAACACUUCUAUAUAUAGUGUAACCCUGUGACAACUGCCUAUCAGGAUUAAGUGAUAAAUCUUACUUCCAAUCUGCGACGUUCCUCCUGUUGCCGCUUGUCGGACUUUUCCCGAUAUCAAAAGGUUGUCCUCUUGUAUAAUGUUCUCCGUUGGAUCAUCGCUCGACCACUUUCAUUGUAGGUGAAGCGGUGGUAGUUUCGAGAGUUUUAACCACAGCGGUUUGAUUGUGGUAGUACCAGAUCUUGCGUAAGUCGUUUCCAGCCACGGGAGUGCAUGGACAAGCCCCCGGGACUCGUAGGGACUGAGCGAAGCUUCCCAGUCCCCCAGACAGGGCCGGCAGCCAUGCUAGCCAGCAAUAAGCGCCCGCGAUUAGACAACAUCCGGCCACCAAUACCCAAUGGGCCCGGCAUGCACGCCCGCCCGCUGGUGGCCCUCCUUGACGGGCGUGACUGCGCCGUCGAGAUGCCCAUCCUCAAGGAUGUGGCCACGGUGGCCUUCUGCGACGCCCAGUCGACCUCCGAAAUACACGAGAAGGUCCUAAACGAGGCGGUCGGGGCUCUCAUGUGGCACACCAUCACACUCACCAAAGACGACCUUGAGAAGUUCAAGGCGCUCAAGGUGAUCGUCCGGAUCGGUAGCGGGAUCGAUAAUGUGGAUGUUAAGGCUGCAGGAGAGCUGGGCAUCGCAGUGUGCAACGUACCAGGUUACGGAGUAGAGGAGGUUGCCGACACCACCAUGUGCCUCAUUCUAAACCUAUAUCGUCGCACAUACUGGUUGGCCAACAUGGUCCGCGAGGGGAAGAAAUUUACGGGUCCCGAGCAGGUGUGGGAGGUUCGAGAGGCAGCCCAAGGAUGUGCUCGGAUACGUGAAGACACACUGGGAAUAGUUGGUCUUGGUCGCAUUGGGUCUGCUGUGGCGCUAAGAGCAAAAGCUUUUGGUUUCAACGUCACAUUUUACGAUCCCUACCUCUCAGACGGGAUCGAGAAGAGUCUGGGCUUAGCACGAGUAUACACACUACAGGAUCUGUUGUACCGAAGUGACUGUGUGUCUUUACACUGCUCCCUCAAUGAGCAUAAUAACCACCUCAUAAAUGACUUCACAAUUAAGCAGAUGCGGCCGGGGGCUUUCCUGGUAAACACUGCUCGAGGGGCAUUGGUGGAUGAGAAUGCCUUGGCUGCAGCUCUAAAGGAAGGCAGAAUCAGAGCCGCAGCACUUGACGUUCACGAGAAUGAGCCAUACAACCCAUUCCAGGGACCUCUCAAAGAUGCACCAAACCUGAUUUGCACUCCGCAUGCAGCAUAUUACUCUGAUGCAUCUAGUAACGAGUUGCGAGAGAUGGCUGCCAAUGAGAUUCGCCGUGCAAUAAUAGGCCGCAUCCCAGAAACAUUACGGAACUGCGUCAACAAGGAAUAUUUCGUGAACAACUAUAGCGAAGGAGGCGUCAAUGGCACCGUCCCAUACUACGUCCCAGUUCACUCCACCACGCAUGACUCUGUACCCCCACACUCAAGUGGACCCCCGCCCACAAGCCACGUCGGUGCAGGCAUCCCUCCACCCCCACACUUGCCCCCCACUGUACCCGCAAGUGGAAGAACCUCGCCCCAGACUGGACCCCCUGGUCCGCCCGGUCCUCGAGAAUCCACCUCACCAUAACACAAACUUCCUUCACCAAUUCAACUAUCAACCCUCCGCUGUGACCACAAGUCAAGAGUCAUUCCACCAUGAAAGCUGAGUCGAAGUAAUUACAGGUGGCUGCUACUAAACACUGGGUUAUUACUCAGAAAUCGUGCAAAGUCUAUGUACAAAUUUGCCUAUUGUUCCUUGAUGUUAGAAGGACCAAGUCCCCCUCACCUCAAAAAAGUGCAAUGGACGCUGGGGAAGAGGUGAAAGUGAGAGGGUGCGAAGCAUUGUGUGUAUGUGUGAUCUAAAGUGAAGAUGCUUGUGGAGGUUAUUGCCUGAAUUACGGCACUGCAUUUUUGGUUAUUGUAUUUUUAUGUUAACUAUUUUUUACUCUUUGCAGUUAGUGUAAGGAGGGACUGUAUUACAUUACUACAGGCCAUCCCUAGGUAAAAGAAAGGCAGAUAUUGUAACUCAGGUUCUUAUCCUCUGUCAUGUAUGCAAAAAAGUAUUCAGUCCUAAGAUGGAGAGAUCCUAGGUCAUAGAAUUUCCUUUUGGGAACAUUUUUAACAUUCUGUGACCCUACUUACCAAAAAAAAAAAGAAAAAAAAAAAACAAAAAAACUAAAAUUUGAGAUAUCAGGUAGGAAUUACACUCAAACUUGCAGUAUUAUAUUACUUACAUUAUUUUCAAAGACAGAAAAAUUGAAAAUUUCAUUUAUUUUAUUUUUUUAUUUUAUUUUGUCUCUAUACAGAGGUCAUAUUUUAUACCUGUAGGGUUUCCUCCUCACACAAAACAGGUUUUCCUUGCAUGAUAAGUCAGACUUGUCAAACUAUGUAAAUCAAAUUGUUUACAGCUGUAACUCUUUAGUCUUGUAUUUUUUUCUUACUUUAGAAAGUAAAGGAUAAGUUUAAAUGCAAAUGUAAAUUUCUUUUGAAGUGUGGUUACGGUUUCCCUACUCAGAGAUUUUGAUUGUCUGUUUAAAUGCUUACUAAGCCAAAUCUUAUUCAAAUUGUGCUACAUUAUUACUCAAAAUUCCAGGAGCACAUAAAUUCAUACACCAUCAGUAAACUCAUAUAAGCUCAUUUGAAGAGCAAGUCCAAACAACACGUCUCCAUUGCCUAUUCUAAAUGUAGAAAAAUAAACAAACAUUCAUUUGUUUCAGCUUGGCAGGUCAUCCAUCUUGUUUACAGUUGUGAAUUAUGAAAAUGAAGUCUUGCUAUGUAAGACAUUAGUGUUUACCAAGAACUGAAUGGCUUGGGAUUCUCAUAGUGAAAAUAGAUGUGAAGCAGUAUUGCACCAGUGGUAAGGGAGGAGUAAGCUAAUUUGGUAUCAUUGUGCAUUAUAAGAAACUUAGCAUCCAACAUCAUUGUUUGCGUUACAGCUGUUGCAACUAACAAAAAAGUAAAUAAAAGGAGAGAGAAAAAAUUCUUUUUGACAUCUACAGAGGGAGGUCUCACAUUUUGAACCAUAGUUUUGAAAGCAUUUGAGUAACAGACAUCCUCAAAUUUAACAAUCUGGCAUUAGUCUGCGGGAAAGCCUUAUAAUCAAAUACAAGACUUUGUACAUAGUUACUGUAAAAUAUUCAUAAGUGAAGAUAAAAUCCACAGGUAACAUGGGGAUGUAUCCAUCUUCAUCAAAUACUCAAAUACCUGUUUUCAAUAGUUAACCAGAAUACCAGAACCAAGUGCAGUAAAAUGAGUGCUUCAGAUGUGACUGCUUGAGAGUUGCACAUUUUUAGGAAUUUUUAGUGCCACUCCAAGGCAGUGUUGUUUGACUCUGGUACAAGGGAGACCAGUUUAUAUCAUGAGGAAGAAAGAAACAAAAAAAGAAUGAUUGUUAUGAUUCAUAGAAGUCAUGUUCCUAAAUGAACUGCACUUAAUUAUUGUGCAGUUGUAAAGUUUUUUGUAAAACCCGUAGCCAAGUGCAUCGUAGUUAUCAAUAAAAGACACAAUGGU